GGUGGUAUGGCUGCAGACCCCAGAGGAGGGUACAGUGCAGAGGAGACAUGUGCAUAACUUUGUCUUCCCAUAACACAGACAGGAGGGACAGGAGAGGAGUCAAGAUCCUGUGACCCCACCACCCUAUCUCACUCAGUGGAUACCACAGUGCAAGAGGAGUGGCUGUUUCUGCCUCUGCUUGUCACAUGCGCUCACUGUAGUCGGAGGGGAAAGUCAUACUGAGUGUGGGCCUCCAGUCGUCGAGUAGCUGGUCAAUCUUGGACCAUGAAGCUGAGCGUGGCGUUGUUUUUUGCGGGCCUCUUCGGGGCGCUGGCAGCCGUGUUCAUUCUCCUCUCUUUUGGAACUGAUUACUGGCUGCUUGCCUCAGAGAGCUGCCACCCAAAUCCUGAAGGCACCGUUGGGCCUGUUGGUGUGACUAUAGAGCGUGGAGAUGUGAUGUUGCAGGAGGAUCAUAAGGAUGUAACUCUGUACCAUGAGGGCUUCUUCUGGAAGUGUUCCUUUGGAGGCAACACAGAUGAUGACGACCUGCUGUGGAAACUCUGGUUCACUGGUGUCUCUGAGACCCUAAACACAGCAAAUCAGCCACACUCCAAAGUGUGCAUGCACGCCUAUCUCUUCCCAUUCCCUGUGUCUCAUCAGACCCACAAUGCCACAGAGUACGAUUCUGCUAUAAUCUACAGAGGCUUCUGGAGCAUCUUCAUGCUCAUUGGUGUGGCAGCUGUGGUGCUCGGUGGGUUCAUCAUCAUCUGUGCUGCUCCGUUCGCCAGCCACCGCCUCUAUAAAGCAGGAGGAGGCCUCUUCCUGACAUCGGGUAUUUUCCUGCUGUGUGUGGUUGUGAUGUACGUACUGUGGAUGCAGGUGCUGGACGUAGUGGAAGUCUACAUCAACCACCAGCGCUCGACGCUGUGUCCAAACUUCCAACUGUCCAUCAGCUAUGGUCUAUCCUUCAUGUUUGCCCCCAUUGGCAUCUUCUUCUGCCUCCUGUCUGGCCUUCUUUUCCUCCUCAUCGGCAGAACCAUCAAGAUUCACUGUUGACUUGAACCCUGAUAUACGGUCUGGAGAUGUUUCAGGGUUUUUUCUUUUCUUUUUUUGAACCCACAUAUCUUUACUCUUUUUGCUGCAGGAGCAUUUAGAUAGAUCACAGCUUUGUGGUAUAAAUAAUCUGACAAGUUUGGACAUUUUGUUCAAGGAUAAAAAUAUUGCUCAUCUACUGUAUUUUUGUAUCAUUAUAAUCUCUCCCUGCAUUGAACUACAUUCAACUGAGCUUUGUUCCCAGAUAGCGUCUGUGGGCCACUUCAGGCAAUGAUGCAGCGCUUGUGGCCUCUUGUGGUCUCAACAAAUUGGAUGUGAGCCUAAAGUGGCUAAAUAAUGGCUAUGGCUAACUUGUGGCCCAGAUCUGGCAAAAAGGAGCGAACCGCCCAUGUGCCAUCAUUCCAUGCAGCAUGUGGGCCGAAUGUGGGCCGAACCUGGGCCAUAACUAUUUUGCUCUGUGGGUUACAUAUAGUGUUGUGCUAUCUGUAGGUUGUAGAUACAGUAUAAAUAUCUGAGGUGCAUAACACAUAACUUUGAAUGUUGUGUGUUGACGGUUAUGAGGCUUAUGAGUGUUUAGUUUUGAAAUGCAAAAGUACCUGAAAUUGAAUGUUGAUGAGAAAAUAUUUUGUUAUUUAGAAUAUAUUUUGUUUGCACGCGAAAAUGUUCUCUGUUUGAACAAGUAAUUAUAAAAUAUAUUUUUGCUUUGUACAGUAUAAAUGAAUAAAACAAUGAGCAAAAUAGAAUGCUUAUAAGGUGGUAUGAUCAUUCUAUAUGCAGUAAGAAGAAGUCAGCGUACUUAAAAAGAAACACAGAACUAAUCUGUGUUCAGUUUAAAUGAUGAGGCUGAUCCCAUGAAAAGACUUCCCCAACCUCCACUUCGUCUGUUCAACUCCAAAUCACAAAUAUAUGCUUUCAUCAGAACCUUUUACUAAUCACAAAGUCAGGGUUUGAUUUCUGCAUCACAAGUCGUUCCUGAAUGAUGUGUGAUAGUAAAAUCGUUGCAUAUAGAAGCAGUGUAUGAGUUUUUUUGAGUGGUCCAUGAGACUGGAAAAGCUCUAUAUAAAUACCAUUUAUAUAAUAUGUGUACCAUUCACUUGUUGGGAGCUAUUUCUUCCUGCAGAAUAAACACAUAGUACACUC